GACUAGACCUCGUCUUAUACCCCUUUCUCUUCAAUCUCUAUUUAUACAACCCUCUUGUACCCUAAAAUCUCCAAGUUUUCUAGAUCUCUCUCUCUAUUCAUCAUCUAUACGCGUUUUUCAUUUGCAAUUCUAGUUUAGUUAUUAAAGCUAAUCAAGUUCUUCAUGGAGCACUUGUUGGGUUUGCUUAGGAUUCAUGUUCACAAAGGCGUAAAUCUCGCUGUUCGAGAUGUCUGUAGCAGUGAUCCUUAUGUCGUUAUUCGAAUGGGUAAACAGAAAUUGAAAACUCGAGUGGUGAAGAACAACAUCAAUCCUGUUUGGGAUGAAGCUUUGACUCUCUCUGUAUCGGAGCCUCUCCCUGUCAAACUUGAAGUUUACGAUAGGGAUACGUUUAGCCUCGAUGACAAAAUGGGGGAUGCUGUAUUUGACAUCCAGCCGUUCUUAGAAGCAAUCAAGAUGCGGUUGAAUAAUCUUCCAAACGGAACAAUCAUCACAACUGUUAAACCGACAAGGACCAACUGUUUGUCUGAAGAAAGCCAUAUAAUAUGGACAGAUGGAAAAGCUAUUCAAAAGAUGGUUCUUAGACUGCAGAACGUUGAAUGUGGGGAGAUUGAGAUUCAACUGUCGUGGAUCGAUAUUCCAGGCUCGAGAGGUCUGAAGUAGAUUAUUAUAAUGUGUUUUAUGGUUCUUGUUGCAUGUUUGUAUUGUAAAUUUAUGAAACCAAUUAGCUUGUGUUAGUUCCUCUAUUUUUAUCAAAUAUGUAAGUUUUUUAAACUAUGGAUAAUAUAUUGAGAGAUAUAAAGAUCAUUUUUACUC